AUGGCGAGGCUGGGACUCUCUUGCUCCUUCCUCCUCCUCCUCCUCCUCCUCCUCCUGCCCGGGCCCUGCCGCGCCCCCCCCGCGCCCCCCCCCGCCGCCCCCCCGUGCGGGCUCCGCAGUGUCUCGGUUGGGGUGGGGGCUCUGGGGCUGGGCUACCCCUCCCCCGAGACCGUGGUGUUCCGUUACUGCGGGGGGGGCUGCCCCGCGCCCCCCACCCUGCACGGGCUGGCGCUGGGGGCCGUGCUGGGCCCGGGGGGGGCCGGGGGGGGCCCCUGCUGCCGCCCCACCCGCUACGAGGACGUGGCGUUCCUGGACUCGGGGCUGCGCUGGCAGCGGCUGCCGCAGCUCUCGGCGGGGGCCUGCGCCUGCCUGGGGUGAGACCCCCGACCCAAAUCCCCCCCGACCCCCCCUCGGCUGCCCAAAGUGACUCCAAAACAGCUCCCCCAAAACAGCUCCCCCGAAACAGCUCCCCCAAAACUCCUCCCCGUCUGGCGGGGGGGGGCGUUGGGGGUCCCUCCAGUCAUCCAUCCCCCAU